UAUCUUUGUUAGAUUGUUAUGUUCUUUUUAUCUUAUGUCUACCCUAGAAUUCAGCUCACAAUAUCUUAUGGGCAUCUUAUCCUUUUAAACUCUUCAAUACCCUUCAUUUUCUCGCGGUGUAUUGCUCUCUUCGUCAGUGAAGUUCGUUUAUCUCUUAAUUAAGGCAGAAGGUUUUUCAUUCAGUCGUCCUAUUAAUCUUUCAUAGGUUUUAUUUUUAAUGAUGGAUGUUGUGCACCGAAAAGAUGAGGUGGAAGAGGGUGAAAGCUUGCUGCAAACAAAAGGGUGUGUGAAUAUACACGUAAACGUGCUGUUCUUUGCUCGUGCCACUGACCUCACAGGCUUGAAGAAUAUGCCUCUGGAAGUUUCGUUGGGCAGCACUGCCAGAGAUUGCUUGGAUAAAGUUAUCGUCAAGUUUCCGGGAUUGCAAGAGAUACGUAAUUGCAUGGCCCUUGCCCUGAACAUGGAAUACACCACAGAAUCUACCAUUGUCAAAGACAAAGAUGAGCUUGCCAUUAUUCCUCCUAUAAGUGGAGGUUAGGACGUUUCACCCUCCUUGCCAUGUAAGAAAUGAAGGAUUUGGAAGCUCACAAUCCUCACAUACAUAUUACAUCAAUGAUAAUAAAGCCAUUUGCAAAGUCAUAUGUGUGUGUACAUACUGAUAUAAAUAUACACAUAUGCUUGUGUGUACUGUGACCUAAAAUCAUUGUUAUUGCAUUAAAGCUUACUUCAAUUUUCUUAACAAUUUUAGCCUAAGUGCCUGCAUCAAUCCAUCAUCAUUAGAGGAGUUCUUACUUAUUAGCAUUUUGCCUUUCUUGAAAUUCAACAUUUUGCUCCACAUCUUGUUACAUUACUAGAUUGCCUCCAUCAUCCUGUUUCCCCUCUUUCUUGCGAGUGGAGCCUCCCUGGAGAAGAUAACUCUCUCUUUCUCAAAAUAUUGCUAGAUUAUUAUGUGUAAUAUAUCGAUAGGGUAUUAGUAGAAGAUGAAAACCCCAGAUGCCAGAGCUCUACUGGUGAAAAUAGUUGUGGUGAAAGCCUAUGAAAACAGAUUUUGAAUUCAAAUAUGAUGGAUUGCACUCGUAAAAUGUAUGUUAUAGGCUUUGGCUCAUCUAGGCCACUAAAUUCAAACCCAGCAAUGUAAGGAAAAUGCUAUAGUAUGCAGUGAGUACAAUUAUCAACCCUUCAAAUAGAGAAGAAAAUGAG